AUGUACGGAGAACUCGGCAACAAACUGGUCCAACAUGCCAAACGAACCCAAUCCCUCGCCCACCUCCCCCCCUACCAAACCGAAAUGGCACGCGCCGUGACCCGCGAAGUCCGCGAUCUCGACCGCGACGUCGCCCGCCUCCUCACCCCCUUCGAAGGCAGCUUCAACCCCUCCGCCCAGCCCGCCAUCGCAUGCGCCCUCCUCGUCGACCACCUCUGCAUGCGCCGCAACAAACGCUGCCUCCUCGCGUACCACCGCGUGCGGACGGAGAAACUCGAAGAACUCUGCUGGAACGGGGUGGACGUGCUCGAGCAGGAGCGCGAAGCGACGCAGCAGGCGGAGCUGGACGACGGCGGCACGGGGACGGGCCAUGCGGGGAACUCGAGCUCGCUGAGUCCCGAGGAAGAGGAAUAUUUCCGCCAGUAUGGCGAUAUGCUCGCGGCGUAUAAGGGGCAGUGGACGGAUGUGGAUUUGACGGGGAGUUUGGAGCCGCCGACGGAUUUGUUUAUUGAUGUGAGAGUUUUGAAGGAUGCGGGGGAGAUUCAGACGGAAUAUGGGUAUCCCUCCCUUCCAUUUUACUAUGUGGUAUACAUGAGGAUGCUAACUGGAUCUGACAGUGUGAUUAAUUUGACCAAGAAUAGUCAGCUAUAUGUACGACAGGGCGAUGUGGAAAGGCUGAUUUCGCAGGGAUUUCUGGAGCGAUUGAGUUGA